AUGAGGGUUUCUAGCUACUCGUAUGUUGUGAUCGCUGCUAUUGCUGGAGGAGCGGUUGCUCAAGAUACAACUACGGAAUCGUCCUGCCCCAAGCAGUUCUACAAUCAAGACGCCCUCUUGUUUAACUCCACAAAUAUAGCCUCCUUGGCUGACUGCACAAAACUCAAUUACGCGUGCCGCACCACGGCGGCGCCCUUCUAUGAGAUGAGGAGAUACGAUUCCACAACCGGGCCAGCACCAAACAACUGUACAGAAUUUUUAAGGAACGUCUUUGUCCAGAAAGGGGUCAAUGGCUCACUCUCUAUCCCUGGUGUGGUUACUAUCAGUCAAGCGGCGUUCCGGGGACAGUGGUCGAUAAAUCGACUAUCUGAUAAUCCUACGCCAGAGUAUCCGCUGAAUGUGACGGAUCUGGAGCUACCAGAUUUGGUCAACAUAACGACCUCCGGGGGAUCUGGGAUAUUUGCGAUUGAAUAUGCGGAUAAGAUUAAGAGUGUGAAAGUCCCGAAACUCGAGCAGGCGAGCAAGAUAAACUUCAAUCUAUCUGGGGUGAGUCCACCGGCCAUCAGCUUGUCGUUCCCGAGCUUGCGAAGGGUGAAUUCGAUAUUUUUGAUAGGAAAUAUCGAUGCUGUCGACCUUCCCGCCUUGGACUACAUGAGGCAAAUCAAUAUCACGUCGAUAGGAAAUCUAGACUGCGUGGGUCUUGCUGCACAGGUGGUGAGUUCCACCCCGACUUACGGGAUCCGGAACAAUGAUUCGGUGAUCUGCUUUUCGAAGAAGUCAAAUAUUACUACGUAUAACAUGAGUCAACCUAAAAAGACUGGUAUUGGGAGAAAGCUCGGAGUGAGCGGGGCAUUGGUGGUGUUGGGAUUUGUAGGAUGUCUCGGUUUCGCAUUAUAA